CAAACAUGCACCCAUUGAUAUUUCCCUUUCUUUUAGCAAAAGUAAGAAAGCCAUGGCAAAGUGGAAAAUAUACAGUAUACCUCUGGGAAUUCUUAUACGGUUUACUUCAGGACCCAGAAUGCUGUUCGCUGAUCACGUGGACCAAUAAAGAGAGCAAAACAUUCCGAAUCAACAAUGCACAUGAAAUUGCGGCAUUGUGGGGCACGGUUAAAAACCGACCAACAAUGGAUGAUAAAAAAUUACUCAGAGCUCUCAGAUAUUAUUACAAAACGAAAAUCCUCAAAAAGGUUCGAAGAAAUGAUAAUUAUGUAAAAUUGUUCCUUCAUUUGUAUCUCAAUUUGUAAUAUUCUAACUCUAUUUUAGGAUCAUCAUCAUGCAUGCUUUCAGAUUCGUCGCGCCAUUAGCAUGCAUGUAUACGUUACGUUUGAAAGAAGAAAAAUAUAUAAUUAACUGCUGAUUCACACUAUUUAUAACCAUGCAAAGCUACGUUUUAGGCCGCGUUUACACUAUGACGCUACGGCAAAUUUACCGUAGCGUAGUGAUUUGCAUCCGGAGUGCCAAACGUAGUGGUCCGUAGUUAAUACGUUACGGCAAAUCACUCCGCUGUAGUGUAAACACAAUAUUAAGAAACGUAGUGAAGUUUUAACGGAAUUGAUUUCCGUAGUUAGUACGCUACGGCAAACCACUCCGUUAUAGUGUAAACACAAUAUAAUUCCGUAGUUAGUACGCUACGGCAAACCACUCCGAUGUAGUGUAAACACAAUAUAGUCUUAAUACUAGAAACAUAGUAAAUUUUUAACGGAGUAUUAGCCGUAGCGUCAUAGUGUAAACGCGGCCUUAAUCGAAUCUAUUCACGUCCAUUCUUUCAUUAGCAUUAGCAUUAAAAUUACUAUAUAUGUACAUAUUCAUGAAUCAUAAUUCAUCUGGUACGUGAUCGAAAUAAUUUGAUAUGAAUUUUGAUAGAAUAUAGGCCUAGAAAAACUGUUUAAUGUUCCUCAGAACAGAAUUUUACCUUUCUUGAUUAUUUUAUCAAAAAUGUAUAAAAACAAUUUUCCAGAUUAUUUAUGUAUAGCAUUUGUAACAUGUGAUUCAGAUUGCAAUAAAGAACUGUAAUUUCUGAAGAUUUUUCCAUACUUGUUGGUUAGGAAAAAGAUGCUCAGGGUCACGCGCGAUUCCAUCUUUUAUCCUAUAUACCUAUGAGGCAAUUGCAUCAUGUAUUUUAUAUUAACCUCUAUAUAAUUUUUUCCUACACUAAUAAGUUCUCGAAUAAGUUUCGCAUUAUCCAGAAAGUAAAUGGUAAAUUAAAUUUGAAAACUAUAUGAGCUGAAUUCAUAUCAGAAGACGGAUUUCCGUCUAAGACGGGAAACUCGCCUAACUUUCCCGUCGUCACACACCGGAAAGUUAGACGAAAAAGUUGAGACGGAAAACCCGUCAUUAACCGAAUUUAUAUCUGGACGAGUUUCUUGUCUUAGACGAGUUUCCCGCCUCAGACAGAAAUCCGUCUUCUAAUAUGAAUUCAGUUUAUGACUAUUGAGAAAGUUACUUAACUAAAAUUUAUUACUAGUUAUCCUUCUAUUUUUCUAUCCAUCAUAACAAAUGUUAGAUAAUAGUCCUUUUCAUUUUGAUUAAGGCUUUCGGAAAUAAAACGUUUUCCACUGGAACUUACACGAGAUAAUAGAUAAAAGCUCUUUAAAGUGCUUAAGUAACAAAAUUUGACCUCGCGUUUAAAUUAUUGCUCUGUAAAGAAAUGCAGAAAUAAUAAAUAUUUAUGUACAUAACAAUAGAAAGCACAGCAGUUAAGAAAUAUGAACAUUUCCGUGUUUCUAUACAGUUAUAGAAGCAGUUAUAGAAUUUGGGAGAACGAAAAUUAAUCAGUGGGAAAACGAGACGCAUGAAGGGCGAGUUUUCCACGUUAUUUCGAGUUCUCCCAAACUCUAUAACUGCAAGAUACAAGUGUUUCUACAACUGUAUAGUAAGUAGUACAGGGAAAUGUUUUAACGGAAGAAAAGUUUUUGUAGCUAUAUUUCUAUAUUUUUUAUAUCAAUUUACAAAUCCUCAUCAGUACCUUAGCAAAAAUCCACUCGAUCUGUUCCCCGACCUUUUGCUCUUCAAUUUGACCAUAAAUUGUCAAGUUGUCCUCCAUUUAAACUGAGAAUUCUCUUUUUGUCCUGCUGUUCCUUGAUUUCGGUGUGAAAAUCAAUGUUGCGAGAUGGGAAAUUUCCCGCGCUUCUCGACCAAUCAACGCCCACGUCCUAUAAAUGCUAUAUUAUAAUUAGCUUCUGUAGCCUCCAAUCUGUGGAUAAUUGGAGAUGUUGAUAUGCAACUGCCCAUCACUAUGAUGUCACGAUGCGUAUCACAAUAACUUACUACCUAUGUACAAGUUAAAAGAAUUUCAAACAAUAAUUCUCAAACCAGCGCGUCAAUUCUGUAUUUUUCAGGUCAAAGGACAUAAAGCUGUUUACCAAUUUCUAUCUAUACCAUACGAAACAGAAGGAUGUGACCAAGGAGCAAAUACGUCCUGUAAAACUGGUAUACCAGGCAUGGUUGUCUCUCCCGAGCACAGUUUAAAAGACUUUAGGGCAAUAACAUCAGACUGUAGCGAAAGACUGACAAAUCAUCAUGGAAUAUCCGUUAACUAUCUGCAAAAUACGAAAUACAAUCCUGAAAGGGCCGUAGACAAUCGCGAAGACACGGAGGAUAGCUUUGAUGAAUCAAAUGGGGACAGUUCUAGAGCAGAAAGUUCGUCUGAAUCUUCUUCGUUAAGUGAUAGUAAUAUGAAAGGUUUAUACGAGCUACAAACAGACGUAGUAAAUAACAAUGUAUUCGAUCAUAUUACUGAAAAUAUGGAUGUUGUUUUCAAUGAUGACAGUAGAGUAGACAUUAUACCCGAAGAUAUAUUCCAUAUAGAUUAAAAAGACUUUAAAGUUUCAAGAGUUUCGAGACGUUUUCUUGUCUCAUGCUGCUGAAAGCUUUCCUAACGAAGAACCAUCUCUCCAAACCCCAAGUCGACCAAAACAGCUGAAAAGUACUUUCUUUGACAAACCGACCAUUCAUGGAGGGAUUUUGACCUGCGGGUCAGAUGUGUGAAAGCUUUGCAAAAUACAGGGCGUAUAAAAAAAGAAGACCUUAAGAGAUUAGCCUAUUGUUGUAAUUUUAAUGCCUGAACGCUACGCUAAGCCACGCAUGCACAGGUCCGUAAAAACGCAUAAUUUAAUUGAAUUUUAUGCCAUGGAUUAUUUAGAAGAUUUUCAUUUCAUCCAACAUGUCAACAUAUGAAUAUCAGUUUAAUAUACUUGGUCAUUUAACGUAGCGCUUAAGCCUCAAUACAAGCAUCAAAUAAAAUAUUAUGAUUUAUUUUACACCUAUCAACACAAAGUACUGUUCGCUUGUACAUACAACAAAGAUAUUGUAAUGUACGCACGUGGCUCGGUCAAUAUUUUACGCAUCCAUACACUUAGCACGGUUCAGGCAUUGAAAUUAUAACAAUAAUAGGACAAUUUUUAAAGGUCUUCUUUUUUUUAUACACCCUGUAUAUCUACUAUCUAAUGCAAUGUCAUACAUAUCAGUACUUCACUGUACUCAUUGGCAGCCGAAUGGCUAGGCGUGUCAACUAUUUACUUAAAUAUUCAAAUUUUCAAUAAAGCUGCAUUUGCCUGCCUUGUUACAGUAAGUAUGGCGAAAACGUAUUAAAUGACAGGGUAACGAUACAAUUCUGCAAUACUAGAUCCCCCUUAUUACGUUUUCGUAGCGCUUUGCAUUGUGGUUAUAGUGGUAUCACUGAUAAAGAUAGCGGCCUCGAAUGUUUUCGCGAAUAUUUUGCUGUUGGCUAUCGCGCUGUUCGCGCACCUGACCCUAGCUUUUUUUUAAAAGUUCUUGCACGGGUCAGGACAAAAAAUAAGCCAUCUUGAAUAUCAGUGAUACCACUUUAACCGCAAUGCAAAGCGCUACGAAAACGUGAUAAGGGGAAUCAUCAGUUGUGGAUGCCUGUUUACGGGCCACGUCACCCGCUGCAUAUAUAGUAAUUAUAGUUAUAUUUUAUUUAUUCCUAAUGUUUACAAUUUAUAUUUGAUAUUCAAAUUAAACAUCGUUAUUAUACCUUAAAAAUAUUGAAAAAUACUCGACAUAUUUUAAAAAUUACGUCACAUGUUUACAAACAUGUAUGCAUGAUAGUUUUACUACAAAAUAUAUUACUAUUAAAUACACUUACAUCACUAUUUGGCUAAAAAAUAGCCCGUCUGAAAAGG